AUGGAUGUCGAUGACUCUUUACACCAAGAUACUUUGGAUGAUAAAUUUUAUUCAAUUUUAAAAAAUAUUUCAUCACCAAAUAGACAAGAAAGAUAUGAAGCAGUUCAAUGUGUUAGAAAAAUUUUAUCUGUUGAAAAUAAUCCACCAAUUGAUAGAGUUAUUAGUUCAGGAUUAGUACCAAUUUUACAUAGAUAUUUAGUUGAUGAAACAGAUACAUCAAUUCAAUAUGAAGCAUCAUGGGCAUUAACAAAUGUUGCAUCAGGAUCAUCAGAACAUACAAAUUAUAUUGUAGAGAAUGAAAUUCAUAAGAGUAUAAUUGAUUUAUUAUCAACCAGUAAUAAUAUUGACUUUUUAGAACAAAACAUUUGGGCAUUAGGUAAUAUCAUUGGUGAUUCAUCACAAAAUAGAGAUAGUAUACUCAACGAGGGUAUAGUAUUACAUUUGGUGGAGAUAUUGAAAACUCAUACAAAGAAAUCACUAGUUUCAAAUAUAAGUUGGACCAUUAGUAAUCUAUGUCGUGGCACACCACGUCCAGCAUUUAGAUUCAUUAAGCCACUAUUACCAUCCAUAAAGAGUUUACUCUUGACUUGGCAUAAAGAGGCGGACAUCGUGUCAGACACGUUGUGGGCGUUAUCAUUCUUGACUGAGUCGACCUCUGAGGAGAAAGAGAUCUUUAGUAAUGUCAUAUCGAUGGGAUUGGCAGAGAUCAUCAUUGAAAUCAUUUUCAAAUCCGAUCAAAACAGUUGCAUUAUACCUGGAUUUCGUACCAUUGGUAAUAUGCUCUCGGGUCCUGACGAUGUUACAGAGUUUUUGUUACAAUCUAAUGUAUUGAAAGUGUUUCCUAAAUUUUUAUCAUCACCAAAAGCCUCAUUGGUGAAGGAGGGUUAUUGGUGUUUGUCAAAUAUUACCAGUGGUCCAUCGAGUCAAAUUCAAAGAGUCAUAGACGAGGGUUUGGUUAAAAGAGCUAUUGAAACCGGUAAAAAGCCAACAAUCAAUAUGGACACUAAGCGUGAAAUCACUUGGGCUAUCAUUAACGCUAUCACUGGUGCUUCCAAUCCACAAUUGCUCUACUUGAUACAGAAUGAUUGUCUUGAUUGUUUGAAAAAGAAUUAUUCAACAGCUCAAGCUCAAUCAAAUCUAUUUCAUUACUAUUUGGAUGGCAUUACCAAUAUAUUAAAAUUGGUCAAUAAAUAUACCAAAGAAACAAACUGUUUAAAACUUUUCAACACUUUUAUCGAUGAUGAAUUCUUUGGUACUUUAAUUGACGAUAUCAAUUCUUGUUCACCAGAAUUUGUCGAAAAUUACUCGUCAAUCAAUUCUGCACAUUGCGAGUUGAAAAAAGUCGUUAAACAUAUUAUUGAAAUUAAAAAUUCAAAAGGUGAAAAUGUAAAUGAAGUUUUUUUAAAAAAUGGUUUUGAAAAUAUAAAAAAAAGUAUUGAAUUUGAAUCUGAUUUAGAUGAGGAUGAAAUUGAUUGUGAAUCUGUCGAAGAAGAAGAGGAAGAAGAAGAAGAAGAAGAAGCUUCUGAUUAUGAAGAUGAUAUUGCUAAAUUAAACGAAAUGGAUCUUAAUGAAUAA